AUGGACGGCAGUGCUCUAGAAUUGAUUAAAAAGGGUGACUUCAAAUUAGAGAUCCUGACUGAGGUACGGAUGCGCGUAGAGAACCGCGAGACGAGGAGAGCAUUCUCGGGACAGAGGAAAGCUGGGAACGAACAGCCAUCUGGCCUUAUUGUGGGGCUGUUUGGCUUCAAAGAGUGGAUGGGCUUCUAUCUGGGUGGCAGAAGUCAUCUUCCUGAAUUCACCAUAUUAUCAAAAGCCAGUCCGGAAUCGAGUGUGGUGCUUGCUGGGUUGAAGUAUCGCUGUGAUAUUAGUGCCAUAUUGAAUUACGCAGAACGCAUUCUGGGUACCUAG